ACCUCAUAGGUAUCGUAUUUACCUUGGUCAGAAAGCAUUUUAUCAUUAAUUUUAGACUUUCUUUUCUUUUUGAUGUGUGAACAAUUUUUGCAAUAAAUUUGUUCUUUACAAGUUUUUUUUGUGGUCAUGGAUGACUUUGUUUGUGACAAACUAAGUCAGUGGGGGCUGAGUGAGCUGAUAGAAAAAUUUAGAGAUGAAGGGAUUGACUCUGAAAGUCUUUAUUGCCUUGGGAAUGAAGACAUUAAUGAAUUGAUUCCAAAAAUGGGACCAAGAUCAAAGUUUAAAAACGGACUCAGUCAGUUGAAGGGUCAACAGAGGGCAGAAGAAGCUGCUAGUACAUCUGAGAUAAUGCCAUCUACAAGCGAUACAGGAAAGCGUAAACAUGACCCACGGUGUGAGUCUAACCAAGGAGAACCAGCUGUAAAAAGGCCGUGUGGGACAAAACGGUCAACAGAAAAAGAAGCAGUGAUAUUGAAUCAUGUGAAAAACACAAUGGGGAGUAUUGCAGCCAAACUGUACGAUCAAGAUGACACAAGGCUCAGCACAUUUUUGAAGAAUAAAAUAAAAAACCUGGAGACAGAGAAGAAGGAGUUGGUGGGCGUCUUUGGUAAAACUGGAGCUGGAAAGUCCUCUUUGAUAAACGCUCUCAUAGAAGAGAAGAUGCUUUUACCCUCUGGAAGUGUUGAUGCCUGUACAUCAGUCAUGAUUAAAGUGGAGUCUAACAGAUACAAUAAAAAAUAUGAGUUAGUGAUUGAAUUCAUCACACCAGAGGAGUGGGAAGAUGAGUUGGGGUUAUUGCGUUGUAUGGUUGAUAAUGGUAUUCAAGAAAACCAUGACGAUGAUGACAAUGAUGAUGAUGAUUACCAUGAUGCAGUUGAUAAGCUGACCGCUCUGUACGAGGAAGAAUGGAGAGAAAAAUCCCCUGAGCAGCUGAUGGAGCCCAAGUACUUCAAAGAAAUCCCAGAAUUUCUUCUUUUAAAGCAGAAAACUUUGGGCUUUGCAUCAGCGAGAGACCUAUCUGACUAUAUUACCAAGUAUACCAGAAAUGCCUCAAUAAAAGGAAGAAAUAAAAGCAUAAAGAAGUGGUAUUGGCCAAUUGUGAAGAGUGUCACUGUUAGGGUACCAAAUAAUAAUUUCCUACAGAAUGUCACACUUGUCGACCUUCCCGGCAAUGGUGACCGUAAUAAGAGCAGAGACACCAUGUGGAAAGAGAUUAUUGGAAACUGUUCAGCUGUCUGGGUUGUUACUGAAAUCAACAGAGCAGCUGCAGACAAGGAAUCCUGGGAAAUCCUAAAAAAUGUCUGCAAUCUAAUUGGAAAUGGUGGAGAAUGUCAACACAUUCACAUAAUCUGCACCAAAUCUGAUGAUAUUAGCCAUUCAUAUGAUAACUCUAUAGCUGAUGUUCAGUCUUUAAUCCUUAAAAGAAACAAGGCAGCAAAAGAUGGGGUGAUCGAAGAGUUAAACAAACUGACCAAGAUUAAGAAACACUUCAGCGAUGACUCUAUCAAAGUGUUCACAGUGAGCUCCAAAGAAUUCUUCACAAACAAACAUCUAAGUCCAGAAAACACUGAAAUUCCUAGACUUCAAGAAUUUUUGCAAAAUCUCAAUGACUGUCACUCAGAGACCAUACACUAUGUGUCUGGAGCACGUGGCAUCCUCUCUCUGAUGCACGGGGCCAACUUAAGACAAGAGAAUGGCAGAAAUAAAGAAGUGCGUGAAGCUCUUGACAAAAACCUAAGCCUUCAAACUGAGUCAGUCAUAAAUGAAAUGAAUAAGAUUCACGCAGCUUUUGAAAAACACCUUCAAGAAGGAGUUGAGAAAUCCAAAAGCUCAUGUAAAGAAAUCUUGAAGUCUGUCCUAUAUCCCAAGGGUAAGAGUGGUCGGGAUUUUUGUAGUCAGCUGAAAAAAGCAGUAGAGAAUGGUGGCAUCUGGAAACCUAAAAAGGGGAAAGAAAUAAACCUCAACAUGAAAUUAACCUCCUGUCUGACUGACAGCAUUGACAAGCUAUUCAGAGAAACCUUUCUAAAUGAAAGACAAUGCGAUCCAUUCAAUGGAGCGAUCAAUACUUUUACACUUGGCACUGAUGGACUAAAACAAACAUACAAAGAUUUGGAACUGCAGCUGCUAUUCCUCAAGUCAGAGGAAGACCUUCUGAAAGCAAACCUGAGCAAAAGUACCCGUAAGCAGAAGAAAACAGUCUACACAAGUCUGAUAAGGACAAUUGAAAAAUCCAUGCAAGACUGCUACAAUGAAGCAGUAGUAUUUUCAGGCCCUGGAACACUGCAGAACAUGCGGGAAACUAUUGAGAAACAUGUAUUUGGUUUAAAGAACAACAUGUUUGAACAUGCUAAAAUUGUUAUGCUCAUCGAACUGCGUGAAUUAAUGGAGGAAAUUCUCAGAAGAUUAGAGCGUACCAUGAAGGAAGCUACUGAGGUCUCUCUUGGGACUGAUUAUCAGUCAAUUCCAGACGUUUCAGCAGAGUUUGAACUGGUACAAAAACUCUACGAUGAGCUGCUGCAAAACAGCCAGAAUAGAGAUCACUUUUAAGCUACACUUAUUAGUGGGAUUCAUCACAGGACACAUCUACAUCCAUUAAGAAGAAAAACUUCAGCAUGAAGAAUAAGAAAAGAUGACCAAAGCUUGUUUUGCCAAGAUGUUAUUUCUUCAGGUCUGGAUCAUAGCCAUUUAGAUUUGUUUUCCCUUUGAAUUUAUUUGCAACUGUUUUUCAUUUUGUCCAAAGGAAUUUAGAAAGUGAAAGUAAAAUUGCAAAUCAUUCAGGUUUGAUGCAAAUCCAUGUUUUAGUGCUUUAAACAAAAUUACAGGAGAAAAAAAAAUCUAUCUUAUGUUUAUUACUUUUAAUAUUAUAUUGAACAAGUUGCAUUGGUUAUAUGCAGGAGUAUAAUAUGCAACUCUUUAUUUUGAAAGUUUAUUUUACAUAAGCUUUGCAUUUACUGAGAAAGUAGUCUUACAUGUAAUAUAUUCAGUAGAAUCAAAGGUAAGUUUCAAAAGAAGAGAGUGAAUGUAUUGAUAUUUGGACUUACAUGUGAAAUAUAUCAAAAGUGGAAGUGUGGUGGGAGUUAUUUCUUUCUCUUUCUGUUGGGAUUUUUAUUUGUUUUGGAAUCUUGGUGAAAUUUAGAGCUAUGGUUAUAGUUAAGAUCUGUUCAGUUAGGUGAGGGUGCAUGCCUUUUUUUUCAACUUGCCUUAUUGCCAUUAAAAUGAUGAAAUAAAUUCACAAUGACCUGGGAAUGAUUUUCUUCUGCAUGAAAACUGUUGACAGAGAAAUUAGUGGUAAUAAAUGCAAGAUGAUGACAGUCAGAAAAGAAAGUGGAAAAUAAUUAACCCACUACUUAGUGUUAGUUUAACACAUUAAACCAAAAUUAAAUACAAAGAAGUUUCUUAAAUAUCAGACAAAUGAAAAACAACCUUUUUUUUUUCUUUUACAUUUAUUCAGUAUAGAAAGAAAAAUCAUAUGUCAAAUUUUCUAUGAGGUGCAACAGUGACUGGUAAGCAUAACAAAAAAUCAAUGUAACAUUACCAUUUAUAAAUUCAUACUUUCAGUCUUUAUGAAUUAACUGUUUCAUCGUGUCAUUAUUUGGCAUCAUUACUUGCACUGUACCUUAGAAGAAAAAAGGCACUUAAAGCAUUUGUGUUAAUCAUCAAUAUUCAUGAAUUAGUUAUAAAAAUUUGUUGCAAAAAUAUUUACAGUCAGAGCAAUAAUUUAAAAGUUAAAAAGAAUUAGAAUUGAUAAAGAUUUGCAGCAGCUGAUUUCUUAGCAUCACAUUUAUCUGUCUUGAUGCAUUUAUACAAAUAGUUUUCGGAAUAGUAGUUCGCAAAACUUCUAUAUAUUCAAAAUAAUAAACUAGGUCUAUUAUCAUGUUUAACAGUUUAUUUUAGCAACUAUCCAAAGUGUUGCUAUAUAAAAAGCUUGGGUUUUACUGCAUUCUAUGAAAUAAAUCAGCAAUCAGAGUUUUCUAUGUCAAUAAUCAAACAUCAAAGAAGAAAAGAUAAGAAAAAAUUGUCUUACAAAAUGUGAAUAAUGAGAAAGCCUUAGGUAUAGUAUUUUCAUAGAAAGGUAAAUAAAAGGAAAAGCUGUGGUGGGAAAAAGGGGUGCCAGCAAAAGUAGAACUACAGUCUAACAUUGUCUCGUAAAAUUCAUUCAAGACUUUGGGGGAGCUAAACAAGAAGAGGACUGUAACUAAACUCAGCACAAGAGCCACUACACUUCUUGGCAAAUUCAAAUUCUACACAUAGAAUAAAUAUAAAUGUUUCAAGCCACUCUUGAACCACAGAGUAUAUUGCAAUACUCUUAUAUAAGCUAAGGAGAACAAAAAGCUGUAAGCUUUUCAGAGAGCUGAAGUUUGCAUUUCUUUUGGUCUUUCUAUUUCUUUUUUUCUUUGCUUUCUAGUCUAAUGUAAAUUGGCUUUGGAGAGUGGGCAUUACCUGCUUCUUGCAUCUUCCAAUAUAUGGACAUAUACUGUCUUUAUUAUAUGCUUGUAUGUCUGAAAUAAACAAACUUGAA